AUGCAUCAACCUCAAGGCUUUAUCGACCCUGUCAACCCAAACUAUGUCUGCAAGCUCAAUAAAUCUCUUUAUGGCCUCAAACAGGCCCCUAGAGCUUGGUUCGAAAAGCUACAUCAAGCACUUGGCAUUCUUGGUUUCUCAUCCACCAAAUCAGAUCAAUAUCUAUUUAUCAACAUCACACCUACUCACUCCACUUACAUUCUAGUAUAUGUGGAUGAUAUUCUUAUCACCGGCAGCAAUGAUCAGUUUGUUCAACAAGUGAUCACUCAGCUUAACAACCAAUUUGCUCUCAAAGAUCUUGGAGAUAUUGAUUACUUUCUGGGUAUCCAAGUCAAGCAUACAUCCGCUAAAAUGCACUUGUCACAGGCCAAGUAUAUCUCCAAUCUACUUCAAAAAACCAAGAUGCUUCAUGUCAAGCCGGUUCCUACACCUAUGGUAUCUAAUCAGUCCCUAUCCAACUCUGGAAGUGCUCCAUUCAGCAACACUCAACUCUAUAGAAGCACUGUUGGUGCCCUCCAAUAUGCCACCAUCACAAGGCCAGAUAUCACCUAUAGUGUCAAUAGAGUUUGCCAAUUCAUGCAAGCUCCUCUGACUGCUCAUUGGAAGGCUGUCAAGAGAAUUCUACUCUACCUGGCUGGCACUCUUCACCAUGGACUCCAUCUUCAGCACAGCUCCAACUCACAUCUCAACAUAACAGGGUUCUGUGAUGCAGAUUGGGCAUCAGAUGUUGAUGACCGCCACUCCACAUCAGGAUAUUGCCUCUUUCUUGGUCCAAACUUGGUUUCCUGGCACUCACGAAAGCAACAUACAGUCUCUAAGUCUUCCACCGAGGCAGAAUAUCGAAGUGUAGCUACCUUAGUUGCUGAAAUUUCUUGGUUGCAGUCUCUCCUCAAAGAAUUAAACAUAUCUUCCUCCACAACUCCGAUCAUCUGGUGUGACAACCUCAACACAGUGUACCUCUCGGCUAAUCCCAUUCUUCAUGCUCGGACUAAGCACAUCGAAAUUGAUCUUUAUUUUGUCCGAGAAAAAGUUAUUCAGAAGCAAAUACAAAUCCAUCAUGUACCUUCCUCUGAUCAGUUGGCAGAUGUCUUCACCAAGGCAACUCCUAACUCCAGAUUCCUCACCAUACGUGCCAAACUCAGUGUCAACCAAAGUCCACCUUGA